AUGGCCCACACGUAUGGAAUGUCUGUGCGUGAAUAUUUUAUCGAGAAGAAACAUAAAUAUGCAGAAGUAAAAGUCAUAGAUGGUAUAAAAUAUGCUGGUAAUAUUUUUGGAAUUAUUAUCAGAGCUGGGGAAGAAGUAAAUAUUAGGAAAACAAUUUCUAAAGGUCCAUACACACCUACUGACCCUGACCAAACGUCAUUAAGGGUUUUUUGUACAGAAGAAAUCGAUCCUAAAUACACAACAGACAUUGACUGCAAGCACGUGGGUACGCUUAGAGUAGUCCAUGCAAAUAACAGAUCGAAAAAGAAUAAUCGACUAGAAGUCUCGUUUAUAUUUGGUGAUACUGAACUUCUCGUUAAAGCUGUUAAUAUCAGAACGAAUGAAGAGUUUUAUUCUUAUAUGGACUGUCUAUAA